AUGUUGGGUGUUCUGUUAAGGCAAAAAGAAAGUGGCCGAGCAGUUUCUUCAUCACUCAGAGUUCAGUCGUUCUCUCGGGCUACCAAUGACUAUAGCUCUCGUAUGCAUAUGUUCGGUCCCUUUGCUCAUAUUCGUACUAAUGCCAUUCUCGUUGACCAGUCUGGCUGGACCAUCGACCUUAUUGACUGUGCUAAUCACUUUCAUAGUGGUAUUGCUAGCAUCCUUUCAACAGAUGUCUCCAAACUGCCAGAAAAUGUGCUUGUGCCCGAGAUGUUCAGCGUUUUGAACGUACCCGCGGCCAAUAUGUGGAAGCACAAAGGUGCUCAUUCCCCUUUCCUUCCGGUUCUGUAUCCGCCUUGGAAUACUUUGCUGCUCCGUGCACAUCAGUUGAUAGCGAGAGACUCUUUAGGGAAGGAAAAAAAUGAAACACAAGUGUUCAGGGCCUGCAAAGCUUGUAGUCAGAGAGAAGUUGAGCGUUAUGGUUGUCAUGAGGGUUCCAACCCACCAUCCAUAUCUCGAGCCAGGCUGAGCGAUCUUGAGUAUGAGUUGGAACAAGCCCAGAAACUACUUGAAGAGGCAAGAAAACAACAGCGGAAAGAACGUGAACACAUCGAGAAGCUACAGUCUGAGGAAAGGCGUUGGAAACAUGCAGUUGGUCUUGAGUAG